CCACCAAUGGCGACCUGUUAGUGCGCCGAACAGAUUGUCAUGUCCAUCGCUCUCCGAAAUUGUUGCUACAGGUUAAUGAUGACAGUCGCACAUAUCCAGGAGAACCUCACAAUGCCGCCGGACGAGCAUUCUACAACCGCAAGUCAAGCACUCACGUGAUGCUGCAAUAUGGGGAUUUUCGCAUCGCGAAACUCCGCGACCAUCCAACGGGUCACCCAAUCAGAAGGAGACGGCCUCAUAGAAGAGCAUAUUACAUGGAACCAUGGCUGUUGAGAUCCAAUGGGAGACAGCAGCCGCCACUGCACGUUGCUGCCGAUGAAUGGGCGGCGACACUGGAUGACGCAGGCGGGGCGUUCGCUUUCGAAAAUAAUCUAGACCUGUUCAUUUCCGAGGCACGCACCGGCCAGCAAACUUGGUCUGCCGCAACCACGGAAGGCACAGAUCCCUCUUGUCCAUCCCGUAUCGCAGCUUCCGGCGACACGCGGAUCUGGCAUCGGAAAGUCGAAGAUUGGGUCCGGUCAUUGCAUCCUCCGGAAGCAACAUCGAGGGCGCUGCAAACACCCAUGCUGCGACGCCGAACGGACCUAGUAGAGGCACUGAUGAGCCAUGGCAUCCUCCGGGACAACGACAUGCGGGUUCUAUCCGAAAACGGACACAGCCUUUCGAUGACUCAAUCUCAUUCAGCAUCACCUACGUCGCCAGUAUAUGUCGACAGUGUUGGUGAAGCGUCUCCGCAAUCAACAUCCGAUGAUAGUGCCAUCGGGAGGCAGGACGCGAGUACCGCAGGGAGUAACACUGAUCUUGGGUUUCUUAUUGAGACAGAUGAGCAGUAAAACCCAAAAUGAUCCAUGUGUUGACGAUCAACUUUUGACGAUAGAAUGCUUUGACUCGGUACAAUUGUGAUAAACAUCGAUUUUGGCUUCGUAGCUUUAAGGGAAUGGAUAGAAACAGUAAAAAAGAAUUUUUGAUUUGCAAAUGCUAUGUACAAUCUGGAUCUAAGCUGCAGCUUUGUUAAACUGAGGGCUGAA